AUGUCCGCCGGGAACGGCGGAACAGCACGCGAGUCACUUCCGGUGCGGGGGCGGGCAACUUCACUUCGGGACUGCACUGCAGAUGUGCUCAGCGCGCGGGUGAAGUUGAAGGGCGUCACGCAGGAAUUUCCGCAACAGACGCAAACGGGGAAGCACAGCACCCCCCGCUGUGGUGGCGCCUCAUCGUCCUUGCACAUCCAGUGGAAUCGCAGACCGGCAGGCGAAAGCAAAAGACCAAAUACACUCAUACACACACACACAACGCAAGAAACCACAAUGACCCAAAUUGGUCGAGGAGCCCCGUGCACCGCGGCGCACAGCUUGCACGCCUUCCAAGUUGCGGCCCAUAGUCUCGUGGCCGACGCACUCCGGCAGCGGCUCACCCAACACGCGCGCGACGAAGGCGUGCGAUGUGAUGUCUAA